UCCAGCGCCGGCGUCGCCAUUUUCUGGUGCCCAUAGAAGGGCAAAGCGGCACCAGAAAAAUGGCCGCCGGGAAGAAGCGAAUUUAAGGGAGAAUGCCGGGAUUUAACACCAAACGGGAGACCGCCGGGAAACGGUAAGAAAAAAGGGGUUUUCCCGGCGGAUACGGGAUACUUGGCAGCUAUGUCACAGUGUACCAAUUCUUAGUUGGUUCCAGGCUACAUAUUCUAAUGAGAUGCCAGGUGGAAACCUUUAAAAAUGUCUCUACAGUAAAUGGUUGCAUAGCAAAACAUAGAAUAUGAUUAAUUAUAGAGUAGGACUAAUGCACUUAAACAAAUGCUUUAAUUAGCAUACCAUGUUCUAAAAGUAGCUAAUGUUGGGCACAUCCAGUUCUGCUUCCAGUAAUAUCAGCUUACUGCUCAAAUUCCUGGAAAGAAUCUGUGUUGGUCUUUGGGAGCAAAAGAAAUCAUUUUAACUUGUGGGCAAGUUUUCUCUAGGCCUUCGGAUUUGCUAGUGGGAAUCCAAAGGCCUGUGGUCAAAAUGUAGAAAUACAGCAUCCAAUAUAACUUUCAAAAUAAAUGCAGAUGCACACUUUCCCAAAGUUAACAUAAAAGUAUAGUAUUUUAUCCUAUUGUGUGUUGUUAUUAUUUUACUGAAGUUAUUUAAGAUUUAUGCAAAAUAACUUGCAUAGAGUUUCUUGGAUUGAUGUAGUGUUCAGAUUUCAAAUGUUAGCUUAAACCUAUUGCAUCAAAACUGAAUUAUUAUUUUCUCCUGUAGAACAUAUGAUAUAACUUACUUUUUAAAAUAUGUGUUUUAAGGUUAAGGUUUCCCCAGGUCUCAAGAAGUUAUUUGUAAUAACAGCAGUGGGUGCAGUGUCUGUGCUCUUUCUUGCCCAUCACUUCAAAAGAAAGCGUGGGAAGAAAACCAGGAAUGUAUCUCCAUGGGAGCCAGGCCACGUGGUGUUAGACUAUAUAAAAACACCUGCAUCAGAGAAAGGUUCCAGUUGUUCCAGCAGCAGACAAAAUCUAACACUUUCGUUGAGUUCAGCCAAAGAAAAGGGUUCUCAAUCCUAUAUCAAUGCAAAUGGAGGCCUUUUCAGUAAAUAUUCGGGUUCAGUGCAGAGUUUGGCCUCGGUCCAAAGUGCCGCAUCCUGUCCUAGCUGUGCUUGUGUCAAUUCUAGUUCCUGGGACAAAGCAGAUGAAGAUGAUAUAAAGCUGGUCAAUGUUCCAGUAACUACUCCAGAAAAUUUAUACUUGAUGGGAAUGGAACUAUUUGAAGAAGCUCUUCGCCGAUGGGAGCAGGCACUGACCUUUCGUAACAGGCAAGCGGAAGAUGAAGCCAACUGUAGCGCCGUCAAACUUGGAGCAGGUGACGCUAUUGCAGAAGAAAGUGUAGAAGAUAUCAUUAGUGCUGAAUUUAUUCAUAAACUUGAAUCCUUGCUCCAAAGAGCUUAUCGUCUUCAGGAAGAAUUUGAGGCUUCUCUUGGGGCAUCUGACCCUGCUUCCUUUGCCAAUGAUAUUGAUAAAGACACCGAUAUCACUGUAAAGGAUAAUACCGAAGAAUGCAGCCUGCGGGAUACAUUAAGCAUUGGAUCAAUAGAAUCAUUUGUUUCAGCUGCUGAGCUUGCAGAACACAAAGAGAGCCGAAACUCUUAUAAUCUGGAUUCGCUGUGCCAUUGCCCAUUAUACGAAGAAGCUAUGCACCUGGCAGAAGAGGGCAAGAUUUAUUCACGAGUCUUACGGACUGAUAUGUUGGAGUGUCUGGGGGACAGCGACUUUCUUGCUAAGCUCCAUUGUAUCCGCCAAGCUUUUCAGGUAAUCUUUUCCAACACUGCAAAUAGAAUAUUUCUUGCUGAAAGUGGAAGAAAAAUCUUGUGCGCGCUAAUCAUGAGAGCUAGAAAGAACCCAAAGAAGUUUGAGGAAGUAUUUGAUGAAAUGAUCUCUUUCUUAGAGCAGUCUGAUCAUUGGGCUAAUACUGAAAUGGAGCUUGCUGCUUGGGGGGUGAAACAUCUAAAUUUCUAUGAUGUUGUUCUGGACUUCAUAUUAAUGGAUUCCUUUGAAGAUUUAGAGAAUCCUCCUAUGUCUAUACAAAAUGUGGUCAACAACAAUUGGCUGAAUUCCUCUUUCAAAGAAACUGCUGUGGCUUCAAGCUGCUGGUCAGUUCUAAAACAAAAAAAGCAACAAAUGAAGGUUCCUGAUGGCUUCUUUGCACACUUCUAUGCUAUUUGUGAACACAUCAGCCCUGUUCUGGCAUGGGGCUUCCUUGGCCCCAGAAAUUCUCUGUAUGAAUUAUGCAACUUCUUCAAGGACCAGGUUCUUUAUUUCCUGAAAGACAUUUUUGACUUUGAAAAGGUGCGGUACUCCACUAUAGAUAACCUAUCAGAAGACCUUAUGCAGUUGCUGAUUCGACACACCGAUCUUCUCUUGGCCAACCUCGGAGCCGACUCCCUAAGGCAUUCCAGUGGCUUUGUUAGUGGAUGCGGGGACACGGCAGCCGGUGGCAUUGUGGAAGCUAAAGCACAAUAGGUUUCUUCUUAAUGUGAGCACAAUUUUUUGCCAUUUUCUCCCUCGAGGAAAGCUGCCAUCGCUUCGGCUUCGUUUUUGGUUUCUUUCUUUCUUUUUUCUCUUCUUUUUAGCAAGUACCUGAAAUCUACAAUGUUGUUAAAUAUGGACUCAGGGAAGUUAAAAAAAAUGAAAAUAAUUGCUUGGGAGGAAAGGACACUGCAUAUGUUUGGAGCAGGUAGUUUAACCGUCACUGGAUUUAUAUGUAAUAUAUCCCAACAUAUAUAUUUUUUAAAACGGCUAAGUGAAAUGUAUUUGUGGAAAUACUUUGAAUUUCCUCUGGUGUUGUUUGUGACAGAAAGUGAUGCAAAGAAACGUGGUAUAUAGUAUACAAGUAUACAAGUUUGUCUCGAAGGUUUGCACUGUUCGAAUUACCCAGUACAAAGUCUCAAAAGCUCUACCUGACCCUGGCCACACACUUGCCAAGUUAUUAUUAUUUCUACUUAAAUGAAGUGCAAUAUAAUGACACUUAGAGUGACAAAUGAUUUAACUCUGCCUUGAAAAUGUAUUUUGUGUAUAUAAGCCACAGCUCAUUAUGUAGCGAAAUAAAUCAGUGCAUUCAGCCUUUGGGCAGCAAUGCCGUUCUAUAAGCUUUUUGCUUUUUUUUCUUCCAAAAAAAUAAUAAUAGAGUUCGAAGCUCAUAUUUUUAUGUAAAUUACCCUUCACUGAUAUUUUACAUUGGAAAUCACAGUGUGGGGAGGCCUUAAACAAUGCUCUUAAAUAAUUUAAUAAUCGGUUGAAUCCCCUCACACCUUUAGAGAGCUUUUAAAACUUUUUACUAGUUGUGAAUAAGCUAGAAUCUUGUCUUGUUUGAAUGUAUCAUUUACAGUAAAGUAUAUUUUUCGGGGGGAGGGGAAUGUUGUGUCAAAAACGAUAAUCAUGCAACAGACUUAAAUACAUGUUCCUUUUGUCAUUUUAAAUUUUGUCUUUGUCUGUUUUGACAAUUCUGGGAUUCAGUUUACGAAAAGACUCUUAGAAAAAGCAAAAUGUCACAUCUAAGCUUGCAUAAGACAACCAUAAAAUGGGAUAUCAGAAUAAAACGAUACUACAGUAAAAUAUUGUGAAGGCCUGGGCAUAAGAAAGGAUUCCACCUGCUUCUGGAAAGAGAAGGAAAAUUGCACCAGGUGAAGCUUUUCUGGGGCGGGCAGGGGGGGAUGUUAAAGACAGCAGAAAAGACUCUUGGUUAUCAUCACUGCACCUCACAGGGUGGCAGGACCUGGAACAGGACCUUUGAUGCUGAUCUGAAUCCUGUUUCGCUUGCAGGGAAAGGUAAUCUGGCCCUAAACUGUUUGGGGCUUUCUAGGUCAAAACCAGCACUUUCUUCAGAAAUGGACUGGAAGCCAAUUUAACUCUUUUAAAGAACUGUUGAGCUUUCCUUCCAAUCAGACAGUCCCAUUACAUAACUCUCCUGCACUAUUUGCAAUAACUGUACAUCCAACAGUCUUCAAAAGCUAUCAUCCCACAGUAAUCUAAAUGAUACAGUGGUACCUCAGUUUACGAACUCAAUCUGUUCCAGAAGUCCGUUCUUAAACCAAGGCACGCUUUCCCUAAUGAGGCCUCCCGCCACCGGUUCCCUUUCACUGUUCAGAUUCCAUUCUUAGACCGAGGUAAAGUUCUCAAACCGGGACACUAUUUCCGGUUUUGUGGAGUUUGUAAACCAAAUCGUUCUUAAAUCGUAUUACCAGUGUAUGGGUAACUGUGAUCAGGCUGUAGAGAUAUAAUAGCACCUUCCACUAAACCUUGGGCAUGUUCAAAAACAGGUUGAAUACCAGUCCCACCAGCCCAUGGUACUUCUGCAUUGUCUGGAUUCAGUUUUAGAUACUGUGAUCAUAGUUUGUUCAACUUGAAAGUCUGCAUACUAUUUGUGACAUUUUGGACUCGCCUAAUAAAACGUAUUGCCCUAACGCGGAUUUGGGGAUUUUGCUUUUCGUGUUGCUUUUUGUUUUGUAUAUCUGGGCUGAAUCCAAGGUGCUGGUCUUGCCCUGAAACACCUACAGUUUAGGGGACUUCUCUACAAAUCUCCAUGGUUACAAAGAUCUCUGGAUAAAAUCCUGCUGUAGGUGACUUGCUUGCUUGUACUUGUGGCUGGCAUUCACUAGAGCUGGUAUUGCCAACACGGCUUCCAUGGGUGCACAUGUUCCUGGUGUCUGCAGGGUCCCUUCUUCAGAUGAAAUAGACUCGAAAGUAGCAUUGUGUUACAGCCAAUAGAUUUUGUGUGUGUGUGUGUGUGUGCACGCAUGUGCAUGCAUGCUGCCCAUGCCAAUUUAUCCAGUUUGAAAAUGUGCCCCAGGCCCAGAAACAUUAUACUGUACUAGAAAUAGAACUUUUUGCUCAUCGGAUGGCCUCUCUGAAGUCUGCAUGUUCAACUUCUGGAAGCCAGCCAAAGCCAUUUUCUUUCACUGAGGCUUUGGUAAGUAAUUAAUAUAUUACUUCUUUUACCCCAAGCCAUUCUUCCCUCUGCCAUAUAAAAAUCAUGAAUAGCUUCAUGUUUCCUUUUUUUAAAUUUUAAUUUGGAUUUUUUAAAAAAUUAUUUUACACUACGUCAUGGGCCCCUUUUGGGGGGAAUGUAGGGCUGGUAUAUGGUAUUAAAAUUCCACUUUUUCUCUAGUUGCAGGCUGCCUAAAUAAUCAGUUUCUCGUUCAGCCAAGGAAGAAACCUACAGGAUUUGUAGUCACUGUUCUGAAAUAAGAGUUGUGACAGACUUUCUGCAUCAACAUUCUUAUGUUUAGGUUGAUUCCAGUUACAAGCUGGUUAACUUACAGUGUGCAUGUAUGCAACAUGGCAUGGUCAUCUGUAUUCAUCUUAAUAAAUGGCUCAGAUGUAUCAUGGAAGUUGAGGCCGACAGUGACAGUCAUGGGGCGAGGAAGUCAACAUGAUACAGAAUUAGCUGGCAGCUGUUUCUCUGAACUGCCUAGUUCAUGCUAAUACUGAUAUGUGGGGAACUAUAUCUGCAUACAGCAAGGGAGAGAGAAGACCUUUUUUCAGUCCAGGGGCCAUGUUUCGCCGUGGGGAAUUUGCUGGGGGCUGCCUACCAGUGGUGAUUGUGGCAAAACGGCAUCUGUGGAGCAAUUGUUGUGAUCCUUGCCUUUGUACAGCAGGCUACAUUCAAGCUAUGCUCAAUUCAUGUGUGUUUUUACACAGGUACCUCUCAAAGCAAGUAAAUGUGAUGUAACCACCUCCCCGUCCCCCCCUUACAGGGGCAAAAUUCCAGCCAGGCAAAAGUAUACAUGGGGAGGGGGAUGGAACCAGAAUCAACAAGGGAAGAAGCAUGGCCUGGAUGUGUGGACUCAAGGGUCAGAUAGACUUGGAGGGCUGCAUUUGGCCCCCAGGCCUGAAGCUCCCCAUCCCCCAGCACACAUGAAUCAAAUAGGUUUAUCCAUCUCCCUGUCCAGUGUUUCAUAACGGCAAAGUGCACCAAAGCCGGUACGAUGAGCUGACAGCAGUUGGUAACACAUAGGUGAACAUUGGAAGUUGCCUUAUACAGUAUUGAGUCAGACCACUGGUUCAUCUAGCUCAGUCUUCCACUGAAUGGCAGAAGCUGUCCAAGGUUUCAGCCAAAGAGUUGCUCUCAGAUGCUUUCUUAGCCCUACCUUGAUGCUCUUACCACUGAGCUACUUCCUUCUCUACAGCUGCGCCCUCAUUCCAUUCACACAAACUGUCGCUGCAGAAUGCUAUCUGUGACUGACAACAGCUAUAAGGUGGGAGUCUGAAGCCAGCGAACAGAGGUAAUAAUGGAAGAAAGCAAGUACAGUAAGCCUGCAACUUAUGCACAUAUAACGUGUGUGCAUUC